AUGUCUCAAUGCAAUAAUACUCCAGAUAAUAAUCCCCUAUUUACAUGGUCAAUUGAGGAUACGGACAGAUUAUCAAAACUUAUUAGUGAAUUUACAACCGAAAAAUCCGGAUAUUCGAAAUCUCUUUUAAAGAUAUAUUGUCAAAAUUUGCUAAGGGAAAAAAAAUUUAAAUAUAGAAGAUUUGUACAGAACAAAUGCAAAAAAACUGGUACAACAACAGAAUGUAUCAAAUUACAGAAAGGCCGACACUGGGAAGAUGAUGAAGAAAAUUUACUGACAAAUAUUUUGGAAGAAAUGGGAGAAAUGGGGAAGAAAUCAUCCGAAAUAAAUUGGAAUAGUAUAUACGAACGAUUUAUCAAGAGAAGAGGCAGAAGUGAUAGAGAUAAAAAAGCGCUACAAGAAAGGAUACGAGCAAAUUAUCAAACCUUAUUAGUGAAUUUACAACCGAAAAUUCCGGAAUAUUCGAAAUAUCCUUUAAAGAUAUAUGGUCGAAAAUUGACAAGGAAAAAAAUAUGUCGUCGAAAAUUGGCAAGGAAAAAAAUUUUAAAUAUAGAAGAUUUAUACAGAACGAUAAAAUUUAUCAUUAGUCGACACUGGGAUGAGAAUGAGGAAAAUUUACUGAAAAAUAUUUUGGAAGAAACGGGAGAAAUGGGGAAAAAAUCAUCCGAAAUAAAUUGGAAUAGUAUAUACGAACAAUUUAUCGAGAAAAGAGGCAGGAGUGACAGAGAUAAAAAAGCGCUACAAGAAAGAAAUUACAUCGAUCCUAAAGUACGUUUGCCCGAAAAACAAAAAAAAUUUACUUUUACAGAAAACCAAACCCUUUCAAUAAUUGAUUAUAAAGUAAAUAAUGAAACAAUCGGCUGGAAAGAAAUAGCCGAUAAUCUUAACGAGGUGAUUGAUUUGCAAAAUGAGCUUAACAAAGCGAGUGGUAAAAAAAUUAGGCCCCUCCCCCGCUGUACGCCAAAUCAAGUGAAAAAUAAAUAUAAUACCGUAAUAAAAACGAUGAAAGGACCGUUGGAUACACUAGCAAAAACUGCCGAACUCCGAAGAACUAAAGAAAUUAAAGAAACUGAAAAAAUUAAUAAAAUGGAAGGAAUAGAAGAAAUUAAAGAAACUGAAGAAAUUAAUAAAAUGGAAGGAAUAGAAGAAAUUAAAGAAGAAAUAGAUAAAAUGAAUGUCAAAUAUAUAAUUACAUGA